AUGGCCAUCCGUCAGACUCCCUUUCUUCCUGCCGUCGCGCAAUCGCCAUCUCCGUCGCUCAGCAGUCGUCGAUCGUCCGGGCGACAAACUGUCGCGUCGUUGGCGGUCGAUAAGGCCACGGCCGCGCGCCUCACGCAGUCCCUGGGCUGCGCGCGCCCCGCGCUUCUCCUCCUGCUCGCCGCGGUAAUCGGCGCGCUGCUGCUGCCCGUCCGCGGCCCCCACCUAGGCGGCUUCAUCUUUGCGCCGCAAUCGAGCGCCGCGAAUGACGACCCACACGAGGCGCUGCUCGCCUCAGCGUUGGCGGAGCUGAGGCGGGCGCGCGAGGAGGGGCGGGCGGAAGAGGUGGUGGCGGCGCAGGAGGAGGUGUUGGCGCGGCAGCAGGUGCUGCUGCGGCGGUACUGGCGGCAGCUGAUGAGACUCACGGGGCAGCGCGGCGGGAAGGUGUCUCAGCAAACAGUGGGAGGGGGCCCAGGCGUGGGGGCUGGAGAACAGGGGAAGGCGGAGCUGGGGGGAGGGGAGUUCGUGGGGACGCGGCAUGAGGGGUGCGGCGGCGGGGAGUCAGUGCCGCGCGAGCAAGCGGUGGCGGAGGCGGCGAUGCUGGAGUGGCGGCCGCAGGAGGACUCGUAUCUGCUGGCGGCGUGCGUGUACGGGCGGAUGACCAACCGCCUGCUGUGUCUGCGCAACUACAUUCUCGCCGCCACGCUGCUGCGCCGCACGCUCAUCGUGCCCGCGGAGGACCUCUACCGCCCCGCGCGCCGCUGGAACUCGCCACUCGACGCGCCUCUCAGCCUAGAUGUUGUCUUCAACGCGUCGCACCUCAACGCCUGCCUCGGCCGCCGCGUCGCCGUCACGCUGCGCGACUACCUGCGCGCCGCCAACGCCACGCGCCUCGACGUCGACCGCUUCGUCUGCUGGGCGGACCGCUGCGCCUUCCAGCGCGGCCGCCCGUCCCACCCCGCCAUCCGCUUCGCGUCGCGACGCCAGGCGGGGCUGGAGACGAACGUCACGCGCCGCACCUUCACGGACGCGUACGGCGACGUGGGCGGGCGCGUGCUGUGCCUGGGCGAUCUGUACGAGUCGCACGCGCGCUUCCUCGACCCGCCGCCCGGCUUCACCUCCAGCCUCGCCACCGCCUGGACCAUGCCCCACCGCGCGCCGCCCCCUGCCGUCGCGGGCGCGCGCGAUGCUGUCCGGGGGCUGGCAGGCGGAGGGGGGCCGCAGUUAGGGGCGGCAGGGAUUGGCAUGGAGCAGCGGUGCCGGUCGCUGCUGUGGCCGUGCGAUGCGGUGGUGCAUGCAGCAGAGGGCUUCGUGCGCGAGGUGACUGGAGGGGCGUUUGCAGCGCUGCACCUGAGGCGAGAUGACAUGUUCCGACACUGCGUGGGGCAGGGCAAGUGUCCUUACUGGGCGCAAAGGCAGGCAGGAGAGUGCGUGCGGGAGAAGCUGCUGGGAGGGGCGUUUGACGCCGCCAGUGCCCAGCAUGCACGGCACGCGGGAGGGGCGGCGUGGGCAGGGCGAGGGGCCAUGGGCGCAGUUCCCGGGCGGCCAUUGGUGUUCCUGGCGUCAGACACUUCAGACUCGGACCUCGCUGUGUUCCUCUCCGCCCUGCAAGGCAUGCCCCUGCUGCCACACGCUAACACCACCACUGCCUCUGCCUCUGCCUCUGCCUCUGCCAGCACUGGCAGCAGUUUGACCUCGCCCACACCAGCAUCGCUAGCUGGCAUGGAUUCACCCGAGGCAGUGACGGUGGUUCGGUUGCCGAGCCUGGAGGGCAAGAUGUGGGCGGAGAGGUUGAACAGAGAGGGGCUGGCAGGGGACGCGGUGGCGGUGGCAGCGGUGGAGAAGGUGGUGUGCGCCCUGAGCCGCCUGUUCCUCACCACACCGGGCUCCACCUUCUCCCACCACAUCAUGCACCUCCGCCUCGCCCUCCACACCGCCUCCUGCCAUGACGGUGGGUUGUGCCGCGGCCUUGCAGACCCUGAGGUCGUGUGA